UGGGAGUAACUUAUGGAGAAGGAUAACCUCGCUUUUUUUCUGUCUUCUCUAUUUGUCACCUUUACCAUCAAGCUAGAAUAAAGUCCUCUGCAUAUUUGCUGCAGAUCGAGAUGUUCGGUCGAUUUGGAGUGGUGACAUCGAUUCUUUGUCAAAAUGUUCAGCCUGCACCACAACAGAGAGGUAUGGCCACCUUAAAGGCCAUAUCAAUUCGACUAAAGUCUGUUAAAAACAUUCAGAAGAUUACACAGUCAAUGAAGAUGGUGUCUGCAGCUAAAUACGCUCGUGCAGAACGUGAACUUAAACAGGCACGUCCUUUGGGUGAAGGCUCAAAGCAGUUUUAUGAGAAGGCAGAAGUCCAACCUCCUGAGGACUCCCCGAAACGUCUUAUUAUUGCUAUGACUUCAGAUAGAGGUUUAUGUGGGGCUGUGCAUACUAGUGUUGUUCGUCAAAUCAGAAACGAAUUAAAUCAACCUGGUGUAGCAGAAAAUGUUAAAGUGAUUUGUGUUGGAGACAAAUCACGUGCUAUUUUACAAAGAUUUUUCCCCAAGAACAUUAUAUUAGCAUGUAAUGAGGUGGGUCGAUUGCCUCCUUCAUUUGGAGAUGCCGUUAAGCUGGCAAAUGCCAUCUUAACUUCUGGGUAUGAAUUUUCUUCUGGAAAAAUUAUCUACAAUCGUUUCAAGUCAGUUGUCUCUUACCAGACAACUGAUAUGCCUGUUUUCAGUUUAGCUACUAUAUCAGGUGCUCCAAAAUUGUCUAUAUAUGAUUCUUUGGAUAAUGAAGUAAUACAAAGCUACUUGGAGUUCUCAUUGGCAUCCCUUUUGUAUUAUGCCCUCAAGGAAGGUGCUUGCAGCGAACAAUCGUCUCGUAUGACUGCCAUGGACAACGCCAGUAAGAAUGCAGGAGAAAUGAUUGAAAAACUUACAUUGACAUUUAAUCGUACCAGACAGGCCGUCAUUACCGGUGAACUUAUCGAAAUUAUUUCUGGAGCUGCUGCUCUUUAAAUUGUUAUUUUCUUUUGCAAAGUUUUUAUUUUUAAAGUGGUAUCGUAAUAAGAAUCUAAUAAUUUCAUUUUUACUUAAAAUAUCUGCUGUUGUAUACAGAUCAUAUUUGUUGUUUAAUGUCCGUGUAAGCCUAAAAAAACUUCAUACCGAUUUAACAUCCAUUAACUACAUUUAUGAUUUAUUAUAGUGGCUGUAUAUUAAAUGGUGAAUAUAUAAAAAGUAAACAUAUUAUAAUGUGAA